UCUUUGUUUUUCUUAUGUUCCCCCAAACCAACAAACUGUUGGCGUGAGAUCUGUGCGGCGCCUCCGCCCUCUGUUUCGGCGCUGAUUCCCUCCCACUCUGUUCCCCGUCCUCAUCCGUGUUCAUCGAGUGUUAUAUUUUUCUUCACUACGAAAGCCAAUCAACUGAAGAGCAGCUUUCUAUAGCCUGAUGGCUGUAGAGAGAGAUAUCUUUGGCAUCGCAGGGCCAACAUAUCUUAAGCCUGUUAACUGGAACUGCGAGAAUAAUAGGAGAUCAGUGGCUUCAUGUUUAGUUCAGGCUGUAUAUGUUUUGGAGAGAGACCGGCAACUAAGUCGUCAAUCUGUUGACUCCGUGGCACCUCCUUGGUGGGAGUUCUUCCAUUUUGAGAUGAUCCGGAAGCUUGUCGAUGAUGCUGACUUGUCUAUAUUCGGUGCAAUAUUUGAAUUUAACCCACCUUCAAGUAAAGAAGCUUCUGCCCAGGAUGCCCCUAGAUUUGUCAUUGCCUUCAGAGGCACCAUAACUGAGAAGGAAACCAUUUCUAGAGAUCUUUCCCUUGACCUCCAUCUUGUUCAAAAUGGACUCCACAAGACCUCAAGAUUUACGAUUGCGAUGCAAGCUGUUCAAAAUGUAGCCUCAGUAUUCCCUGGAUCCUCCAUCUGGCUAGCAGGUCAUUCACUGGGUGCAGGUCUGGCCAUCCUUACCGGAAGAAACAUGGUUAAGAAGGGCGCUCUUCUGGAUAGCUUUCUCUUUAAUCCACCUUUUGUUGCUGCUCCGAUAGAGAGAAUCAGUGAUGAGAGAGUAAAGCAUGGUUUUCGCAUUGCGAGAAGUUUUAUUACCGCGGGACUAACUAUUGCAAUGAAAGGAAAAGCUGAGGGGAACAAUCAGAGGUCUAUUGCGGAAGAACCUUUCAACACUCUGUCAUCAUGGACGCCGUAUCUGUUUGUUAAUCCCGGCGACCAUAUCUGUUCAGAGUACAUUGGGUACUUCAAGCAUCGGAAGAACAUGGAGGAUCUCGGCGCAGGAUUUAUUGAGAAGCUCGCAACCCAAAAUUCAAUUGGAGAUCUGUUCUACAAGGCGUUAGGGUGGGAAUCAGAACCAUUGCACCUUCUUCCAUCUGCUGACUUGAUUGUCAACGUGAGCCCUUCACCGGACUUCAAAUAUGCUCAUGGCAUCAGCCAGUGGUGGCAACCCGAGUUGAACUUGCAAUGCAACAAAUAUCGGUACUCUUAGGUACGCAACAGUGGAAUGAAGACAUCUUAGCAGUAUGAUACAUAUGUCCUUCUCAUAUCUUCAUUUGUUCAUAUGAUUCAUUCAAUUCAUAUUUGUCUGGUAGUAUACGGUGACAUAUUGUUGAACACCUAUGGACUCCACUGACGGCUUGUGCAAAAGCUGUUGAUUUUGUGGAGGAGUGUUCUAACAUUCAUGCAUCUGUAAUUCUGUAUUGUACCUUAUGAAUAUUACCUU